AUGGGGCCGGAGGAAUUGGAAUUCUUGGAGUCAUUCAUGGCUGAAUUCCACGAUGACGGCGAAAUUAUCAACUGUUUCAUCGGACAAUGUGGUACACAAAUGUCAUUUGCUUGUUGGGAAUUGUUUUGUCUGGAACAUGGUAUUCGUCCAGAUGGAACAAUGAUUGAACCCGAUGCCGACCCCGAGGAUCCACUCGCCCCGAGGCCCGUUGUAUCGUUCUUCAAGGAGACUGAUAGAAACCGUUUUGUGCCGCGUACAAUCAUCAUGGACACAGAACCCAGUGUGGUUGAUGAGAUACGAUCAGGUGUUUAUCGAGGCUUGUUCAACACGGAGAAUUUGAUCACAGGACUGGAGGAUGCGGCCAGCAAUUUUGCUCGCGGAUUCUACAGCUGCGCGACCAAGAUGAUGCCGAAAACAAUGAACAGUGUGCGCAAAGAGGUGGAAAAAUCCGAUAACUUGCAAGCGAUCUGCAUUUAUCAUUCAUUCGGCGGUGGCACGGGAUCGGGCACAACUUGUAAACUCAUGGAAGCGAUUGACUCAGAAUAUGCUAAAUGUCCGAAAAUUGAACUGACCGUCUAUCCGGGCCAGGAAAUGUGUGGUGCCGUUGUGGAACCGUACAAUGCCGUUCUGUGCAGCAGUACCACGGAUGAAACCGCGGAUAUCACGGUCUUAGUGGAUAACCAGGCACUUGUUCGUAUGUGCACU